AUGUUGGACUUGGAGAAGAAUAAAUCAAAUAAUAUGAAAAGCCGCAGAAACACUAAACCAAUAAAACAAGUGCUUCCUGGAAAGAAGAAGGUAUGGAACUGGGUUUCCUACUUGGAAGAGGAACAGAUGCCAGCUGCUCCCCUCAAACUGUUCAGAGAGUAUCAAUCAUUCCCACAAGGCCGGAAUGGAUUUAAAGUUGGAAUGAAAUUGGAAGGGCUGGAUCCUGAACACCCCUCUCGAUUCUGUGUUCUCACAGUGGCUGAGAUCCAAGGCUACAGGAUGCGACUGCACUUUGAUGGGUAUCCAGAGUGUUAUGACUUCUGGGCUAAUGCUGAUUCCUCAGACAUCCAUCCUGUGGGCUGGUGUGAAAAAACAAGCCAUAAGCUGCUCCCUCCUAAAGGUUUCAAGGAGGGAGAAUUUAAUUGGACUUCCUAUCUGAAGAAUUGCAAAGCUCAAGCAGCUCCAAAAAGCCUUUUUAAGACCCUCAGCACUCCUGUCACACCCUCUGGGUUUCGUCUGGGGAUGAAACUGGAGGCAGUGGACAAGAAGAAUCCCUCCCUGAUCUGCGUGGCCACCAUCACAGACGUGGUGGACAACAGGCUGCUGAUCCACUUCGAUAACUGGGACGAGAGCUACGACUACUGGCGCCCUGCUCACGGAUUCCAAGUUAAUAUGAAGUUGGAGGCUGUGGACAGGAGAAAUCCCAUCUUGAUAAGAGUGGCAACAAUAGUUGACAAAGACAACCAUCGCAUUAAGAUCCAUUUCGAUGGUUGGGACCCUCAUUAUGAUUUCUGGGUGGAUGCAGACAGCCCUGACAUCCAUCCCGUGGGCUGGUGUGCCAAGACUGGACACGCUCUGCAGGUCCCUCUAGGUGCUGAGGAUCCAGAGGGAGCAGUGGGACAAGUGUGUCCCACUCCAGGCUGCCACGGGAUCGGGCACGUCCGGGGACCACGAUAUGGGACACAUUACACGUUAGUUGGCUGCCCAUACUCUGAUGUGAACCUCAGCAGAGAGAACUCGUUACAGGACCGGCUGAGCGGGGAGAGACCUUCCCCUGGGAACACCAUGCAGAAGGCCAAGAGGCUGGAGACUCCUGCCCCAUUCCUGUUGGGAGCAGGGGAGUCUUCUCAGGGAGACUCUCCACAAUCCAGAAAAGCUGCACCAGACAGUGAGAAGUGGUGUCAAAGCAGCGUUCACACUCCAUCAGAGCAGUCUGAAAACAGUCAGGAGAGAGACUGGGGAGAGGAGGAUUCCUCUGCAGACAUCAAAGCCACACCAAAAACGCUUGGGUGCUCACGUGCCUAUAUCAAGUUCCAGCUGGUGAAACGGGAAAGCAAUGGGAAAGGCCCUGAUUUGGAUCUCCAGCAGGCCCUCCACCAGUCCAUCUUCAUGCCUUCCCUGGCCUCUAACCCGACCCACCGGCUCCAUCUCUUCUGGGAGCAGCACUGCAGGCUCUUGCCAGAGGUCUCAGGCCUCACAGCCAAACAAGUUGCCAAAUGGACUGUGGAAGAGGUGGUGAGCUUCAUCCAGCGUUUACCUGGUUGCAAAGAACAAGCCUCUGUGUUCAGGGAAGAGCAGAUCGACGGCGAGGCCUUCCUGCUCCUCAAGCAGAACGACAUCGUUAAAAUCCUCAGCAUCAAGCUGGGCCCUGCCCUGAAGAUCUACAACGCCAUCCUCAUGUUCAAAUCUGCAGAAGACAACUGAGGAGGGCCCUUUGGGCACAUCCCACAAGGAAUUCACAGGGAAUGGGGUCUUCAGCUGUGAGCAUUCCAAUGUGCCGAACGGGCGGAUUUCGGGACUCGGACGUAUUUUAAGUAGAACUUAGUCAAGAUAUUUUGAGGUUAUAAAAAAUCCUGCCACAGUCUGGAAUAUGGGGCAGCUUCACUUCCAAGAAGAGGAUUAUUAUUAUAUUUUGUAAUUGAAUUUGGUUUUGAUAUAUCAAUCUCUUUUGGAGAUGGAGAAGAAACCUCCGGUUCUAAGGGGAAUCCAGGGUAGCAUUGGUGGAGCUGCAGGAGCAGGAGGAAAGCUUGGAGUAAAACUGACUCUGUGUCCAUGACAGUGCCUGAAAGAGAGACUGAGUGAUCACCAGCGAGUUGAACAUGUUCUGUAUGUGUGAAAGAGAGAG